AUGGCGACCGUGGAUGAAAAGAAAGACCCUAUUCCAAAUGAGGUCGCAACUGACUCUCCAUCUUACACUGCGGACAAUGCAGACACGGGUUCUUCUGAGCUCAUCAAUGCUUCUGGUCACGUACAGGAACUCGAGCGAAACUUCAGCCUUCUCGCCGCUGCUGGAGUCGGGCUUGUGGUCGGAACUGUGUGGCCUGCAGUCGGAGGGUCGAUCCUUGUCGCCAUCUUCAACGGCGGGCCUCCAGGAGUCAUCUAUGAGUUCAUUGUGGUUUCGGUCUUUUACUGGAUAGUAGCGGCGUCUUUGGCAGAGUUGGCUUCAGCUAUACCCUCUAGCGCCGGGGUUUACCAUUGGGCUUCAGUUACUCCAGGUCAAAAAUGGGGUCGCGCGGUCGGAUUCUUUGCUGGAUACUGGAAUUGGCUGGCGUGGGUAUUUGGUGCAGCAUCCAUGAGUUCCAUUCUUGCGAACACGUUCGUGCAGAUGUAUGCUCUGGAACACAGCGACUUCACUGUGAAGCGGUGGCACGUCUUUGUGACGUAUCUUAUCGUAACCUGGAUUGCCUGCCUGUGCGUCUGUUUCUUCAACAGGGCAAUGCCGUAUUUGAACACCGUGGGCAUCGUCCUUCUCCUGUGCGGUUUCCUAGUCACUGUUAUUGUCGUCGCCGCAAUACCAGGAUCGGGCGGCCACCCACCACAUGCCUCGUCCAGUUUCGUGUGGACCGAGUGGUCUGCAGAUAUAGGAUAUCCUAACGGAUUUGUCUUUGUUGCCGGAAUGUUGAAUGGCGCAUACUCUGUUGGAACGCCAGAUGCCGUAAGCCAUAUCGCCGAGGAGGUACCGUAUCCCAGCAAGAACAUACCAAUCGCGAUCGGGUUGCAAAUGGGCAUCGGAUUCGUCACUGGACUCUGCUAUGUUAUUGCGAUCAUGUAUGCAAUAAACGACUACAAUGCUCUGUUCACAGCCCAAUUCCCACUUGCCGAGAUCUAUCGACAGGCCACCGGGUCGGCCGGCGGUGCUAUUGGGUUGCUGAUCCCCUUCCUCUUCUGCAUCGCAACCUGCUUGGUCGGAGUAUACAUCACAGCUGGCAGGACACUGUGGACGCUCGGACGUGACAAUGCAACUCCGUUCCCUCACUACAUUGGCAAGGUGUCUAAGAGAUUGGAGAUGCCACUCUAUUCAACUCUUCUGUGUGGCUGCCUUGUGACAGUUCUGGGCUGCAUCUAUGUUGGGAGUGCAACGGCCUUCAAUGCAUUCGUGGGUAGUUUCGUGCUGAUGUCUUCCUCAAGUUAUAUCGCAGCAAUACUGCCUCACCUUCUGACCGGUCGCAAGAACAUCAAAUUUGGCCCGUUUCGGCUGGGAAAAUUUGGUGUCGUGCUGAAUACGAUUGCAUGUGGAUACAUGAUCGUGUGGUUCGUGAUUUACUGUUUUCCCUUCGCUCUGCCCACGGACGCGGAAACCAUGAACUAUGCAUGUUUGAUCUGGGGAGGUCUGACUAUUUUUGUCACGGCUUGGUGGUUCCUUCAUGCGCGGAAAAACUAUGUUGGGCCCAAACCCGCCGGCGGAGUUGAACAUGAGGUUGAGCAUAUGAGAAGACCUAGUGUAGAGAAGCGAGCGUCGGUGUAG